AUGACGCCAGUAACCGACGAUGAUCCAUGGUGGCACGCGAUCUCUUCAGUUUUCAAAGAACUAGAUCAGCAAAUAUCGGUAGAGAUAUUUCCAGGAGCAACGGACUCUCGAUUCCUGAGACAGAAGGGAAUCCGAUCAAUCGGAUUUAGCCCGAUAAAAAACACGCCGACACUUCUUCACGCUCACAAUGAGUACAUUACUGAGAAAGGUUUUCUGGAUGGCAUAUUGAUUUACGAGAAAUUGAUCGAAAGGCUUGCCAAUCUUCCAGAACAGUGA